AUGAGAUUGAGUAGUGUGCUGGAUGUUCGGAAAAUUUACCCUUUCGGGCGGUCUGAUUCUUGGUUUAGGAAGGAUCAAUGGCUUAGGUUUGCCUUUGUAAGUUCCCUUUUUGGCUUUAAACUUCGGAAUUUUAAUUCUGACACAUGGUACCUCCAGCUUUUUCGAGGGAGAACGGCAAGAUGCUUUCGUCUAGCUCAUGUUCAAGUUAUCAAAGCCCUUAUGCAUGUGAAAACGGUUCGGAGAACCAGACGUCGUGACAUGUACAAUCUGUGGAACGCAAGAAUCGAUCGCGCCUGUAAGGAUCAUGGUCUUCCCUCCUCCGAGAGUCUUGUCGAUAUUGCGAAGCAGUACCAUUUGGAUGUGGGCUGCCACGUACCUCAUGCUUCGCCCCCCUCGGGACCUUUCGUUUCCCGUGACGUGGUAGACGAUGACUCGGGACUUGGUGAUCUUAUUAGAUCAGUAUGGAAUCAAGUUCGCUUUGGGUGGAGUUUCUCCUUGGCACCUCGGCUUCUGUCUGAUCAUCCUGCCAAUUUUCUUGGCAAAAAAUAUUUUGAUUUGUCCAGUUCUGAAGUGAAGCGCAAUGCCAAUGAUGAGAUGAAAGCGUUUUUGACAGACUUUCAUUCUCGUCUGUGGUUCACCUAUCGGGCUUCCUUUCCCCCCCUUUCAACUGCUCACCCAAUCAUCUGUUUGCUUGAUUUGCCGAACGGUGGGCUUCUUAAUACCACUGCUGCUUUGCGCGCCCAUCUAAGGGGCUCGGUAACUGAUUCAUCUUCUAGUCCUACAACCACCUCGAAAAUUCCCCACUCUACUCGCGUCUCUGAUUGUGGCUGGGGUUGCAUGCUCAGAUCAGUUCAGAUGAUGGUGGCACAGGCGCUUCUCCUCCACUUUCUCGGUCGUGAUUGGAUUUACAAACCACAUAAUGGGGCUUCGACAGAGGAACCAACAUCGCGUAUUCAUCGACGCAUUAUUCGGUGGUUUGCAGACUCGCCAAGCAGUCCUCUCUCCAUCCACCGACUAGUUCAGGCUAGCGGUUCUCCUCCAGGUACUUGUUUCGGUCCAGCAGCCGUCUGUCAGUCCCUUCUUGUUGCGAUGGCGUGUGCUGAGGAGGCUGCUUUGAAGGAAGUUGAAGUAUAUCUUGCUCACGAUCGAGUAAUCUGCAACGAGGAGGUACUCGCUUUGUUUGACGUAACGUCUCCAAAUCUCUCCGAGGCGGGUGUACAGAACUCCACAUAUCGUGACGCUCAAAACCGACAAUCAGAGGUGAAUGGCCCUCCGGAUUACAUCUCCGAUCCUUCCGCAUCACUACUUGGUGUGUUAACUGGCGUUUCUAGUGCAAGUUACUUGUCAUCUCUCACCUUUCUCGUAACUUUGUCGACGGCAACGUGA